AUGGGUUCGAGCGUAUCCAUGUCUUCGGCAUCUGCUCGAAUUCCUGCCAUGAAUGAACACUCGAUCCAUCGUGAAUAUGAUCAAAAACGACGACGUGGCCAUCUUUCUCCCCAUCACCAUUCUCAUUCCAUCACUUAUUCAGGUGAAACAUGUUCCUCCCAUCGACCAUUCUCAACUCCCAUUUCAAACACUUGUAAAUCUCUUUCAACCUCACCUCAUGAAUUGGGUGAGAAAUGUUCCAAUACAAAAUCACCAUUCACAUCAUCAUCAUCAUCACCAACGGCUAUUGUUCUCCAUAACAUUCCUACCAAGACAAAACGUCGAAGAUCUCUCCAUCCUCGAGCGAUUCAUUCUCUUCCGAAAUUCGAAGACAAGUUGUUGUUCCAUCAGAAUCCACAGCCACCUCCACGAAAACAUCACUCUCUACCUUAUCCAACAACAACCAAACACAAAGAUCCACUCAUUAAGCUUUCAAGAGAGAAGGGCAAAGAGGUCAUCUCACCACAAGUGGAUCCUUUAAAGCUGAAGAAGAACAAUUCACAAUAUUCGGUGCAGAAUCCCUCAAAAUCACAAAGCAAAUCCUCUCUCUCCAUCUCAACAACAACCUCUUCAUCUUCCAGCAGAUCUUUGCUCACCUCUUCUUCCAGUUCUUCUCUCUUCUCCUUUUCAGAUCAAGAGGAAGAGGAUAAGAACGAUUUCAAAGUGGACGACGAUGGUUCAAGUUCUGACGAAGACGACUCCGAAUGCCUAUUGACUUUUGACAACUCCACCAAUUUCAAUGUUUCCUUCUCCUCUCUCAAAAAGAUGUUGUCCAAUGAAUGGAGUAGGGAAUCUUCUCUCAAAUCCACGAAAUCAUCCUCUUCUGUCAGAACUCCUUUGAAAGGUCUUGACGCAUUAUUUCCACACCAUGUACAUCCUCCUCUCGAUUCAAUACCUCCAAAAUCAUCUCAUUCAAGAAGAAGAAGAAUUGCAAGUUCUUCAUGGCUUCCACCAUAUGUAGGUCUUGGAAAUUCUGAAUGCAAAAUCAUUGUCACUCCACCUCCUUCGAAUAAUCCUCCUCUCCAAACGGUUGCUGUAACAACAAGAACCAUUGAAGAAGAACGACAAGCAAGAAAGAAGUUACUGAUGGCCAAGAGAAGGACCUUGUAUUAUAUACAGUGUUUACACAAUACAAAGGAAGAUUUUUGGUAA